AAGUUACAAACACUGGUCCUUUAAAAUCUCUCACUUCUCUCUCGACUAUUUCUACUUUUUAAACAUUUUCUAACCAGAUGACGAUGGAUUUGUCCGACCUUCCCUUCCCUCUCUCCCCAACCAAUGACCUUUACGAUGACCCCUGCUUCAGCACCAGUGACCUGAACUUUUUCGAUGACCUGGACGCCCGGCUCUUGCACGCCGGCCUAGUGAAGCCAGGGGACCACCAUCAACACCACCACGUGCCCAAGGAUGAGCAUGUGAGGGCCCCGGGGGGCCCACACCAGGCGGGACACUGCCUGCUGUGGGCCUGCAAGGCCUGCAAGACGAAGACGACUCACGAAGACAGAAGAAAAGCAGCGACCGUGAGAGAAAGACGUCGGCUCGGCAAAGUAAACACCGCCUUUGAGACCCUGAAACGCUGCACUGCCUCCAAUCCCAACCAGCGGCUGCCCAAAGUGGAGAUCCUGCGCAACGCCAUCAGCUACAUCGAGUCGCUGCAGGCGCUGCUGAGGACGGGCCGGGAAGACAGCUUCUACCCGCCACUGGAACACUACAGCGGCGACUCGGACGCCUCGAGCCCCCGCUCCAACUGCUCCGAUGGCACGGUGGAUUUCAUGUCUCCGUGUUCAACCAGAAGUGAAAACAGUGACGGUUCCUACUGCAGCCAGACAGACGAUUCCAGCAGCUCUAAACCGUCCUACAUCUCUAGUUUGGACUGUUUGUCCAGCAUCGUAGAGCGGAUCAGCACAGACCCAGCUGUGGCCCCCCCGGGAGACAGCGUGGUCCCCCGGGGUCCUGGAUCACCUGUGAACAGCCCUGCUGGGUCCAGGCCCUCGGCCGAACCCAGCAGCAUGUAUGAGCCGCUCUGAAGCCGACGGAGUCCCGGACUCAAAUUCCACAGAGAAACAAACUUAUUCCCCCUAUUUUCAAAACUCUCUAAAAGAUUCCCUCUGCAGUUGGAGCAGAGAUAUUUUUAUGCCAACACUGUUUGGGUGAGAACGUCUCAGUACACUUCCUUCAGCUUUCAGUCCGAAUGAACUGAAGGAUGCUGCAUGAUCAAAAAAUCUCAGCAGGAAUGUAUCUAUACACACAUAUAUAUAUAUAUAUAUAUAUAUAUAUAUAUAUAUGUAAAUAUCUCUAUAUGGCUUUCAUUGAUUUCUGCUUCUGACAUAAUGACCAAGGACCAUUUUGUACAUCUGUAAAUAAGAGUUACUUGUUUAUAGUACACACACACACACACACACACAAAGGAUGCUGGGAUUGUUGUGUCAUAUGUUUCUACAUAUUAUUUAUGAGUGUAUAAAAUUUGAAUAAAGCAAUAUUUAUUUAUCUCC